GAUAAGUUAUAUUGAUUGGCCAGGUUCAAUAAAUAUAAGCUCGCAAGACUAAAUAGAUUAUAUUUUGGUUUGGUUUACGACAUGAUUGAUUGAGUUAAGUAUAAUUAUGCUUUGAGAAUUUAAAAUAGAAUAAGGGAUAUAAUUUUGUGUCUAAAACUAUUUAAAAUUUGAUAUCGAAAACUAUUAACAAUAAUUUUCGAGGGGUACUAGGACCUCGGCGGGAGAGGGGCGGCUUGGGCAAAUUAUCCGUAAACGCUGACGAUAAGGUACUCAUCGAACGCGCUUUUUGGUGAAAUAACAAAAUGCGCUUUUCUAUCUAGAAAAAUUUGACCUCGUAACUUGGCAGCGCACGUGCCCUCGGGUCGGAUGUUUAUAUCCGGACCGGAAACACAUUACAUAUAUUAUAAGUAUGUAUGGAAUUGGAUCUUUGACCAUACAUAGGACCAUUUUUAACUAAGUUGUUCACCUUAUUUUAUGUUUAACCUUCCAAUUAGAGCUCGAUUGAUUUCAUUCCGUAGCUUGCAACGCAUUACCAUUGAUCAAACACUGCAUACAUUACUGGAGAUUUACAUAAGCAAAUAUAAAACCUAUAUUCUUAAGUGCAUUGAUAAAUAAUGAUAGAUAAGAAAUAUCGAUUGGCCAGGUUCAAUAGACAGGAGCUAGCAGGACUAAAUAUAUUAUAUUUGGUUUGGUUUACGAAAUGAUUGACUGAAUUAAGUUUAAUAAUGCUUUUAGAAUUUUGAAAGAAAGCUGGGAAUUGGAAUCUAAUUUUGUAUCUAAAACUAUUAAUAAUUUGAUAACGAAAGCUACCACAAUAAUAUCGAGUGGUACUCGGACCUCGGCGGGAGAUGGUCGGGCUGGGCGAGUUAUCCUUAAACGCUGACGCUAAGGCAGGCCCCUGGACCUCCAUCAUCACCACUUGAUGGGUCCGUUGGAGCGGUCGUCCCUGGAUCUUGUCGACCCGGAAGUGGAUACCUGCACUUAAUAUGAAAUACUCUGCGCACCAGGUUUAACAAUAGGAUCCGAAUGAAUUGAGACAAUUAUGAUAAAUACUUACGGAUGCCGUUCGCCUCUCCAUUGACAAAAUACCGCAUGCUUGAAUGUCGUGACGAUGUGUCGCUGCAUAUUUGUGCAUACUUAAGGUCAGAGCCUGACGUGUGCCUUGAGAUAUAUCGCGGUAUUGACAAUGUGACGUUCCUUCAAUCUAACGCACGGAGACGGGCAAAAAAACACAACAUCCCAGGUUACGUCCUUUUGAGCUUGGGGAGCAGCGUUUUUGUAAUGGAGAUAGGGAUCGCCCCCUUGAGCUUGCAGUAUGUCACCACAGAAUUUGACCAACUGUGGAGUUCAUACCUUGGUGUCAAUACAAACAAUUCAUUUAGCAACACCAGAUGUGAUUCCUUUCGGCCCUAUACAGAAGUUAUUGGAACAACCAUAGGGUAUUCAUCUUCAAAACCUAGAAGAAACCGACUGGGGCGAUUGGACUAUCUAGCUUUGGACUGGGCGUUGGACGAAAGGUCUGCUGAGUAG